UGUGUGUGUGUGUGUGUGUGUGUGUGUGUGUAUUUGUGGAUGCCCUCGUGGAUGAGCUCGUCCUCGAGCCAUUGUUCUAGUGAGUGAUCCUCGUGCGAUCACGAUCGUACGCCUGCGCACGUGCGCGCGCGCACCUGUGUGUGUGCGCCCCGGUGUGCGCAACAGUUACCGAGACCAAGAGACAGAGAAGAGACAGCCACCCACAACACAGGGGGUGUGUUGGGCAGGGGCGGUACCAGCUCCGUCCAGCUAAAAGACUCAUUCUUGCUUCGUCGAUCGCGAUCGAUCGCCAACAGCACGUCAAUCAACAAUCAAGAACGUACCAAGAAAGGUACCAAACAACGGCACCAACAUGUUCAGGUUACUGGCGAUAGCCGCCGUUGCCGCCGCUCUUGCCGUGAUUGGCAGUGAAGGGCAGUUCCUGGCCUUCGACCAGCAUGCCACGGAGUGUGCACUAUACGUGAACGGGCCGGGCAAAUCGUCCGCCUUCGACUACAACCUGAACCUGUUCCGUGGAGCGAUUGCGCCAGCAGUGCAUGCGGAGGCGACGACCUGCAUCACGUAUGAUGCGAUCAACCAGGCGUACCUGGACGCACGGAAGCGAAUCCGGGUGUCGCAGCCGAAGGGUGACUGGAAGACGGAGGACAUCGCGACGGUCGGUGAGCUGCUGCUCGACAUUUCGAUUCAGCUCGCCCGCACCUACGGUCUGUCGUACGAGGAGAUCGAAAAGGGGCUCCCCUCGAUCGAUACCUCCAAGACGCUGAUCCGCGAGGUCUGCCCGGCCUUUCUGUCCGGUGUCGAGUGCCGACCGGGCAAGUACCGGCGGGUCGACGGGCUGUGCAACAACCUGAAGCACCCGACGUGGGGUGCGGCGAUGACACCGUUCCAGCGGUUGAUUGGCCCACUGUACGCGGACGGUAUCAAUGCGCCCCGCAUCUCGAUCACCGGCCACGAUCUGCCGCUGUCGCGUGUCGUAUCGCGUACGAUCCACCCGGACGAGGGUUACCACGAUCACGCCGGCACGGUGUUUGUGAUCGCGUGGGGCCAGUUCAUGGACCAUGACUUUACGCUCACCGCGACACCGCUCGAUCCGAUCAACCGGAACGAUCCGGAGGAGUGCUGCAAGCGGCCACCGCACCUGAAGCACCCGUACUGCAACGAGAUCCGCGUCCCGGACGACGACUACUUCUACCGGCUGUUCAACGUUAAGUGUAUCGAUUUCGUGCGCGGUUUCCCCUCGCCCCGUCCCGGUUGCCGGCUCGGUUCCCGCCAGCAGUUCAACACCCUCACGUCCGUCAUCGACGGUAACACGAUCUACGGGGUGAACGAGAAGUUUACGCGCAAACUGCGCACCGGCUACAACGGGCUGCUCCGCAUGAACCCGGUGUUUGCCGAGUACGGGCUGAAGGAUCUGCUGCCGCUGAAGCUGGACAUACCGGACGAGGGUUGCACGCGGCCCAACAAGAGCAUGUUCUGCUUCGAGGCGGGCGAGAUCCGGGUGAACGAGCAGCUGGUGCUGACCUGCAUGCAUACGCUGCUCGCCCGCGAACACAACCGGAUCGCGACCGAGCUCGGCAAGAUCAAUCCGCACUGGGACGACGAGACGCUGUUCCAGGAGGCGCGCCGCAUCAACAUCGCCAUCAUCCAGCACAUCACGUACAACGAGUUCCUGCCGAUCCUGCUCGGCAAGGAGGUGAUGGAGAAGUUCGGGCUGCUAACGCCGAAGGAGGGCUACUGGGAUGGGUACGACGAGACGAUCAAUCCCGCCAUCAUCGACUCGUUUGCGUCGGCCGCCUUCCGCUUCGGUCACUCGCUGCUACCGACGGCGGUAGAGCGCUGGUCGAAGGCACACAAGUUCAUCGCCUCGAAGCGACUGUCCGAUUUGAUCCGCCGGCCGUACGAUCUGUACCGGGCCGGUGUCUACGACGAGUACCUGAUGGGGCUGAUGAACCAGGUCGCCCAGGCGAUGGACGAUUCGAUCACGCAGGAGGUGACGAACCAUCUGUUCAAGAAGGAGGGCGCCCGCUUCGGUAUGGAUCUGGUGUCGUUCAACAUGCAGCGGGGCCGCGAGUUCGGUGUGCCCGGUUACAUGGAGUUCCGCAAGUUCUGCGGUCUACCGACCUCCGACAACUUCGAGGAGCUGUUCGGUUCCAUGCCGAACGAAACGGUGCGCCGUUACGAGAGCAUCUUCGAGCACCCGGCGGACGUGGAUCUGUGGUCGGGCGGCGUAUCGGAGCGCUCGCUACCGGGCUCGAUGCUCGGACCGACCUUCGCCUGUAUCAUCGCGACCCAGUUCAGCUACGUGCGGCGCGGCGAUCGGUUCUGGUACGAGCUGCCCAACCAGCCGUCCUCCUUCACGCCCGAGCAGCUGCAGGAGAUCCGGAAGGCGAAGCUCGCCCGCCUCAUCUGCGACAACACCGACCUCAUCGAUACGGUCCAGAUCUACCCGAUGGUGCUGCCGGACCACGAAAUCAACCCACGAGUGCCAUGCAAGAGCGGUAUCCUGCCAUCGAUUGAUCUGACCAAAUGGGCCGACUAUGGUCACGAGAAUCACUCACCGCACCAGUAUCAAUUCCUGAACGACAUUCCGGAGACGAUCGGGUUCAAGUAAUUUGAGGUGCGCGCCCCCCCUAAGCUCAGCAGCAGCAACAAACACUAGGCUUUCCUCCUGCAGAAGAAAAAGAGAACGAGAAGAAGAAGAAGAAGAAGAAGAAGAAGAAGAAGGAAAGCAGGAAAUGAAAAAGAAAUCAGAACAACUGCAACAACACCACAUUGCCAAUGCGUGAUGCGUACGCAACGAGAUUCUACAGUUUAUCAACCUACACGUCCACCAUGCUCCCUUCAUCAUUUCAGCAACCGCGCACCAUUUUGGUAGGAGCUGCCUUUCCCCUUUUUGUUUAAUUGCUGCUGCCCGCUACCUCCCCACUUAGCCAAUAUUGAGCCAUUAUUCUUUCCUGGUCCUCAUCACACUGCCUCUCCAAUCCCAUCCCACCCCACCCCACCCCUCUCAUCAUUGUAUUAUACACCAUUGCUAUUUCAUUUAUAUCGCGAGGAAAGAAAGAUUUAAAAAAAACCAUCUACAAUAUGAUCACCACGAAGCGAACGCACACACACACGCGCGCGCGCCGGCACGCUCUACCGUUUUCGUUUAGUAUGUUUAGCUCCACGCAAGACACGCAUUUAUUUGUACACGACCUCCACCUCCACCCCUUUCCCACCCGGACGGUCUAAGGCGGUGGCGACUGGCGGGGUGGGCGAGUGUUCGAGGGUGGCCAGGCAACAAUAGAGGUUAUGUUAGAAUGAGAGCAUCGUCGAUUGAUUGUGCGCGGCACUACUCUGGGUUCGCGCACAGUGCAAGCCCCCUAGCCACAGAUUAUUAUUUUUGUUUUUACUACCAUUUAAGGA